AUGGUGCUUACGAUCGACCCGGUCGCUUCUGUUGCGCAUCUUGAUGAGCGUGCACGGGAGCUUGCUGCGUUGAUACCGGUUAGGAAGUAUGUCGCGCUCUCGAAAGAUUAUCACGACGAACCGACCGACUCUUUGCACCCUACAGUCAACCACAAGGUCUUGUUACUAUCCAAUACUGCAUCUGGAGUACGCAUCGAGGAAUCUCUCGACCUUCCGUGGUCCAACCGUCAUCUGGAGCCCGAAGCAGUCGAUGUUCGCGUGCGUGUCGCUGAACGGGACUAUACGGACGUUCGACGCGUCAGUCCGCAGGAGCUCGCGAGGGUGAACAAGGCCUGCCUCAAGCAUGCACAAACCAAACAACGCGCUCUGCGUGAGCGGAGGACGGAAAGCGCCUCAAGCGCGUCGGGAUCAUAUUGGACUCUGGAGUUCGAGACCCGUUCGAUCUCCACCAUGCCAACCUCACGCGGGGCAGUUGAAAACGAGUCGCUCAUCAACGACAACGGGCCCAUAUGUGCCAAUGCGGAGGCUGGUCCUUCUCAACCAAAUGCGAGGGAUUCGUUCUUAUACAUGACUGGCGACGAAGACGAAGACGGCCCUACUCGACCGGACCGGCGAGACUCGUUCUUGCACAUGACCGACGACGGCGAAGGCGGCCUAAUCCGGCCGCACCGUAGAGACUCGUUCUUAUGCAUGACCGACAGCGACGACGAAGAUGAAAACGAAGAGGACUGGCUAUCCCUCUCCGACCACCCAUCCGACUCCGACUCCGACUCUGCACCCUCGCUCAUCGGCAGCACCUCAUCGUCAUCGCGUUCUCCUUCGCCCACAUCUUCAGUAACGACGCCGCGCGAUCUCUACGGCGCACCCAUCGACACCUCCCUCAAACCUUUCUGUACACUCGAAUACGAGGCGUAUCUCCGACGCACACGUGCGCCGGUCGUUGAUGUUUGGUACGAUCUUUCGGAUGUGGAGGCGGUGGAGGACCCGGAGCGGUUUAGGAGUGAAUGUGCUGCUCUUGCCGGGAUCAUGCAAGACGCCGAAAUGCGCCUAGGGCGUAAUGCCAGCUUCGCCUUCGACUGCGCAAGCUCUCGCGAGACGCUGGAGGAGCAGGCACGGGCGAUGAUACACCCCGAGAACUCAGAGUGGGAGGGCUGGCCGCUCGCUCCGCGCCCGGCAGAGUCGGUGAUGCAUUCCGAACUCGACUCGGGUGCUGCGCGGCGAGGAAACGAAUCCUUUCUGAUCAUGCGCCCAGAGCGGGAGAAGCGGUACCGGGGUCGCUGCCUCGUGGCGGAUGUCCAGCGGCUGCGAACCGAGCUGGGUUGGAAGUGUUCGAGCGUUCUGAGGGCUGUGCGGCAAGGGCCUAGUAGGCGGGAGAUGCGAUUGUUACAACAGGGCCUAUGUGGUCCGUUCGAUUGA